AUGCAACAUCUGAAAAUAAUUAUUACUUGCCCACAACAAUACUCGAUCUCACAAAAUUCGCCUGCGUUUACACGCUAAAUUCCAGUCGGAAUCCACACGAGGCGAUUAGCCGUCUUGAUUCUGCCACGUAUUCAUCCGUACCGGCGAGCGAUCUCAUGAAUCCCUGCAGAAAUCUCUCCGUGUAGCUGCAAUGCUUCUCCAUCUCUUGAAUCCUUGUGGAUACGCACAUGAAUACGCCUGCAUAUGCGUGCAAACUUGAAGUAUUUUUCUUAUAUUUGGUUCGAAUCUUAGGAGGACGGAUAUGGAGGUUGGGAGAUGGGUGGAUCUCGGGGGGCUGGUCAAUAGGCCGGCGGUGAUGGAAACAUUCGUCGACAUUUUGCUCUGCGUCGUGCCGAUUUGGAUGGCGGUGAUGAUUGGGCUCAUGAUCGGGUGGUCUUGGCGACCGCGGUGGACUGGCCUUGUGUUUUUGGGGCUACGUUCGAAAUUGAAUCGGUUAGUAUGGACCGCUCCCCCCGGGUUUGGUGCUCGCAGGCUUUGGUUUGCCCUUACGGCGAUCUCGGCUUAUUCGGUUGGGCGGAGGUUGUGGAAUAAUUUCCGCGGUAGGUCGCAGAAACCGUCCGCCACAGAUGAUGCGGAGGGGGCUACAUUGGUGGUUCCGCCUUCGUCUUUGGUCACGGAUAGCGGCGGCGAUGAUUCAAUCAAGGACCUUACCGGAACUGCUGAACGGAAAGAUGUUGUGACAGAGGAUGAUCUGCAACACUUUCUGCAUCUUCUAGAUGGCAGAGAUGGGAAAAUGGCAUGGCAGAGCAUGAUGGAGCGCUCUACAUCAAACAUGACAUACCAAGCUUGGCGUCAUGAGUCUGAGACGGGCCCAAAUGGGAUGCUACUCCGGAGCAAAACAGUGUUUGAGGAUGCUACUCCAGAACUAGUAAGAGAUUUCUUUUGGGAUGAUGAGUUUAGGCCUAGAUGGGAUCCUAUGCUUGCAUACGUCAAGAUAUUGCACGAAUGCCCUCAUACUGGAUUUAUGAUACUUCACUGGAUUAAAAAGUUUCCCUUUUUCUGCAGUGAUCGUGAAUACAUUAUUGGUAAAAGAAUAUGGGAAUCUGGAAGAGCAUAUUAUUGUGUAACAAAGGGUGUCCAGUAUCCAGCUUUGCCAAGGAUGGACAAACCUAGGCGUGUGGAUCUCUACUUUUCAAGCUGGGUUAUUAGGCCAGUGGAGUCACGAAAAGGAGACGGACAAUUCACUGCAUGCGAGGUCACUCUCAUCCACUACGAAGAUAUGGGAAUUCCCAAGGAUGUAGCAAAGCUGGGUGUUCGGCAUGGCAUGUGGGGAACCGUUAAGAAGCUGCAUUCUGGCUUCCGGGCGUAUCAGAAUGCAAGGAAAUCCGACACUUCAGCAGCAUCUAGGUGUGCAUUAAUGGCACAAAUCACAACCAAAGUUUCAGUUGAUGAAGAAUCAAGUAGUAGCAUGGAGCCAGUUUCCAGCGAUGAAGCAAGAACCCAGAUUUCAGCUGUCCAACAACGGAACAAUGGCAGUGGAAUCGACUGGAGAAUACUAGUGAUUGGAGGAACUGUGGCAGUAAUGUGUGGUCUUCAUACAGGAUUAAUAGGUAAAACUUUGCUAUUUGGGGCAGGGCAGAGAAUGGCUAGGAGAAGGCAAAACCGUAGGUGAAGAAGAGGUUUUCAGGCAAUUGCAGCAUCUUAUGUACCCAUUUUAGCACUAACACGAUACCUUUAAUUAGUUAAUUCUUUUUUGUAUUGUUAAUUUGGAAAAUGGCAGCAAACUACAUCUUUCACGUUAUUUUAAUUUGAGACUAAUGAAUUUACUUGAUACUCCGUAUUA